UAUCCGGUGUACCUGGUCAGUUAAUUGGGCAAAAACCUGCACCUCUUUGAAUACGAUUACAAUGCUUAAGGCACCGUCGUGCAACCACUUGACAGUAUUUCCGCAUGUACGAUACGGUGUUUAAGAUAAACAAAAAGAAACUGGGCCGUGAGAGGGCUCGCUCAAACGUCCAUCGUGACAUUCUCGGGGUUUAUAAGAAGCUUCCACCCUGCAGUCUUCGCUAAGCGAUUAAGACGAGCGAUAGGACCCCGUGGAUAUUACCGUAACGAGUUCCUAACCGAGUCUUCAAAUUCUCUUGUAAUUGCUUUAGUGUCAUUUCUCAACUUCGUAACGGUUCCCAUGCAAAGCUUCGUAUUUCUCACGAGUAACAAUAUGAUUUUAACAAGUAAAUACGCACUGCUCACGGUCCUGUUUAUUAGUUUUUACGAUUACGCGAUAUGUAAAACAACGUGGAACAGUGGUCUGCGAGAAAAGUACGACGGCUACGGAGAAGACUGGAUUUUCAUGCCCGAUGGAAACGGGAAACCGCAAGUAGCAGUACUGAAACACACGGAAACCGACAUGCGAGGCAUUUUCGACGAGUCACAGGUUUCCUACUUUCUUUACACCCGAGAUGGUCCGAUUAAUGGUACUCAGCUGUACACGAACGAUACCGUGGGACUUAGCAAGUCCACCUUGAAUCCAUCCCGAGUAACGAAAUUUAUAACACACGGAUGGAAAUCGAGCUCGAUGAGCGAUGGUCUCAUCCAUAUGAAAGACGCGUAUUUAAGCUACGACGAUUACAAUGUCAUUAUGGUGGACUGGCAACCGCUGGCUGCGAGCACGUUUUAUCUUGGGCCAAUGCGGAACACGGAAAAGGUAGGAUUAGCGGCUGCGGAAUUCAUUGAUUUCCUAGGUGCGAAAACCGGUCUGAAAACUGAAAACAUUCAUUUCCUUGGACACUCUCUCGGAGCGCACGUUGCCGGGAACACCGGAAGUUCAGUGAAGUCGGGCCGCCUGGGAAGGAUAACCGGAUUGGAUCCUGCUUUGCCAGGAUUCCAUUUGCUCACUACUGACAAAACCCGAUUGGAUUCUACGGAUGCGUUAUUUGUCGAUGUUAUUCAUUCCUGCGGCGGAGUGUUAGGAUAUUUACAACCAAUAGGCAUCGUCGAUUUCUACCCGAACGGUGGAACUGCUGUUCAACCCGGCUGUUGUUGUAUCGCUGAAGUUAUAGAGGCAUGCAGUCACGGGCGAUCGUAUAUGUAUUUCACGGAGAGCAUUAAUCCAAAAUCGACGUUUUUGGCAAGAAAGUGUAACACGUGGGAUCAGUUUACGAGUGGCAAUUGCAGUCGUUCUGAAACUACGUUAAUGGGCGAGUAUGUUGAUAAAAAGACCGUUGGGACAUAUUUUCUCAAGACAAGACCGGAUGCGCCGUAUGCUUACCAAGAAGAAAUAACUGAUAAUAUGGUUUAAAUCAAGUGCCGAAGAUAUUAUGUCGAUAUUGCUAUACGAAUUUUACAUGUACAAGAAUUACUCGCAUUGUCUGGAAGACGUCUAAUGUAAAAUAUUUCAUUUUAAUAAA